UCUCAGUAGCUAGGGUUUUUUCCUAAGCCGUGCCGGCGUGAGGCGACGGCGUGUCUUUCUACUGCUAUUUGCUGCUGCUCGCUGCGCAAAAUUAUAGGCGCGCGAGCGUCGACCGGUGGAGCGCGCAAUGGGAACGUCAUUGCCUCCCAAGGAGGCAAAUCUCUUCAAGCUCAUUGUCAAAUCCUAUGAGACGAAGCAGUACAAGAAAGGCCUCAAGGCAGCUGACCAGAUUCUCAAAAAAUUUCCGGAGCAUGGAGAGACUUUGGCGAUGAAAGGAUUGACGCUAAAUUGUAUGGAUCGAAAGACCGAGGCUUACGAGCUGGUUCGCAAAGGAUUGAAGAACGAUGUGAAGAGCCAUGUUUGCUGGCAUGUCUAUGGCCUUCUCUACCGCUCCGACAGGGAAUACCGCGAAGCUAUAAAAUGCUACCGCAAUGCGCUUAGAAUAGAUCCGGAGAACAAGCCCAUUCAGAUACUCAGGGAUCUGUCUCUGCUGCAAGUGCAAAUGAGGGACCUCGACGGCUUUGUGGAAACAAGGAGGCAGCUGCUAACUUUAAAGCCUAACCAUCGGAACAACUGGAUAUGUUUCGCCAUUGCGCAGCAUUUAAACAGCCGAGCCGAUAUUGCUGUCGAGAUUCUUCAGGCUUAUGAAGGGACGCUUGAAGAAGAUUUUCCUCCGGAUAACGAGCGUUAUGAGCAUAGCGAAAUGCUUUUGUACAAGGUGUCUCUUUUGGAAGAAUCAGGAGCAUUAGAAAAAGCGUUGGAAGAGUUGAGAAAUAAGCAGGCUAAAAUUGUUGAUAAGCUUGGCGUAAAGGAGGUGACGGCUGGUUUGUUAUUGAAGCUGAAUCGUUUUGAAGAAGCCGAGAAAGGGUACAGGAACUUGAUUGAAAUCUGUCCUGACAAUACUACGUACCACGAAAGCCUGCAAAAAUGUAUUGGCAUAUCGCAACAUGAUGCGCGGACGGAGGAGGACACUGCGAAGCUCGUUCUGCUCUACGACGAUCUUAGGACAAAGCAUCCAGAUUCUGCUGUUGCCAAGCGCAUGCCAUUGGAUUUUUUGGAGGGAGAUUCGUUCCGCAGAGCACUAGACAAGUAUAUUAGACCAUUUCUAAGAAAGGGAGUACCAUCGCUAUUUUCAGCACUGCGUCCUCUUUAUUCUUCUUCAAGCCGGGCAAUCAUUCUAGAGGAGGUCAUUUUGGAGUUUGAAGAUUCUUUGAGAAAAACUGGAUGUUUUCCCUCGAGCACUGAGAAAGAACCUCCGUCUGCUUUCAUGUGGAUACUUUAUCUGUUGGCGCAGCAUUUUGACCGUAAAAGGGACGUUGAACGCGCCGUGGAGAAGAUAGACGAGGCGAUCAAGCAUACGCCUACGGCAAUUGACUUAUAUCUUGUGAAGGGAAGGAUAUUAAAGCAUGCCGGUGAUCCCGUUGCUGCGGCAUCCUUAGCUGACGAGGCAAGGACAAUGGACCUUGCUGACAGAUUUGUAAAUAGCGAAUGCGUGAAGCGCAUGUUGCAAGCCGACCAGGUUGAACUUGCCGAGAAAACUGCCGCGCUCUUCACCAAGGAUGGCGAUCAACACAACAAUCUGUAUGACAUGCAGUGCAUGUGGUACGAGCUGGCAUCCGGAGACAGUCAUUUUCGACAAGGAGCUUUAGGCAAAGCUUUGAAAAAGUUUGUGGCCGUGGAGAAGCAUUACAAUGAUAUGACGGAGGACCAGUUUGACUUCCACACGUACUGUCUUCGUAAAAUGACUUUGCGCGCAUACGUUCAUAUGCUGAGAUUUCAAGACCGUCUGCACUCGUUUCCCUUUUUCUACCGAGCUGCUUGCAGCGCCAUCAGGUGCUAUUUAUGUAUAUAUGAUUCGCCACCAAAGACCGCGGUGGAGGAAGAAGAAGCAGUCAAUGCUGGAUUGACUCCUUCAGAACGGAAGAAGCUGCGUCAAAAGAGCAGAAAAGCAGAAGCUCGAGCUAAAAAGGAAGCAGAGAAGGCCAAGGAGGAAGAGAAGGCGUCGAAUGCCAGCAAAGGUGCAAAGAAAGGAACCCAGGCGCCGAAACCUUUUGAUAACGAUCCCGACGGCGAGCAGCUUGUUCAUGUGGAAGAUCCCCUGGGCGAGGCAUUGAAGUAUUUGAAACUCUUGCAAAUGCACUCACCGGACUCGCUUGAAACACAUCUUCUUGCUUUUGAGAUUUACAUGCGUCGGCAAAAAGUUCUCCUGGCAUUCCAGGCUAUCAAGAGGCUCAUCAGAGUGAACAGUGACCAUCCUGACAUUCAUCACUGCCUGUGUCGUUUUUAUAACAUGGUGGACAACAAGCCAGAACCUGAUUCUACGGACAAGCUUGUUUGGGAAGUGGUCGCUGCGGAGCGAUCUUUGCUAAGGGAUUUUGGGGACAGAACUCUGUUAGAGAUAAAUAAGGACUUCUUGGACUGUCAUACUGAUUCGCUGCUACAUAGAGUCGUCGCGGCCGAGGUCCUCCAACUACUAUCUCCUGGCGAAAAAGAUGCCUCCGUAAAAAUUGUUUUGGAUUCAAGUGGCGAAGAGAAAUGGGAGCUCAAGCAAUGCAUGACGGUGCACAAGAAGCUACAAUCAGUGCUUGAUGAUCCAGAUGCCGCUGAGAGAUGGCGCGCUCGCUGCGCGCAGCUCUUUCCUUACUCGACAUACUUCAAAGGAUUGAAGUCUUCUUCCAUGACUGGCUCGGUGGAAUCGGGUACAGUGGCGGUAGAUAGAGGGAUUGAUACCCACGACGCGGUGAAUUCAACAUCUUGAGCUUAGCAAGGGUGGUCUCAACACUAAUUUUUGAUUUUUCCGAUGAAAUAAUAGGAGCAGCACCUAGCAAGAAGACAACAGACGUAUUUUUGUUCCGGGUACAACUUUUUGUUUGUUACAUGCAUUGGCAAUCAAUUUUUCCUUUGUCUCGUUAAGAUCA